UGACGUGACGGCCGCGUCGCGACGUUUUUUCUUUUGGGCCAACUCAUCGGUCUUUUGACAUAGAAUAUGUUUGUUUUCCCCAAUAAAUGUUAUGAAUUCUAACUUAUUUAUUGCGAGAUAACUGUUAGGAUUAGCUGAUAAUAUGGAAGUUUACUAUCUUCUGUUCGUAUUGAGUGUUUUUUGGCAUGGCACUGAAGGUAUAAUGUGGAGUCUGGCUCCCAACACUCAGAAAUGUUUGAAAGAAGAACUACAUGCAAACGUGCUCGUGGCUGGCGAGUAUGAAGUCACAGAAGCUACAGGGCAAAGAAUUGACUACAUAAUUCGUGACUCAAAGGGCCACAUUCUAUCACAGAAGGAUUCAAUAAGCAAAGGAAAAUUCACUUUUGUCACUGAGACAUAUGACACAUUUGAAGUGUGCUUCAUAUCUAAAGUUCCACCAGAACGCCGUGGUAUCAGCCAAGAUGUAACAUUAGACAUUAAAGUUGGAAUUGAAGCUAAAAACUAUGAAGGAAUUGGCGAAGCAGCCAAAUUGAAACCAAUGGAGUUGGAACUAAAGAGACUAGAAGAUCUGUCAGAGGCCAUCGUCCAAGACUUCACGUUGAUGAGAAAGCGGGAGGAAGAGAUGCGGGACACUAAUGGCUCUGUCAUCAUUUUAUUCCAGAGUCGACCAACAACCGGGUCCUAUUCUUCAGCAUAUUCUCAAUGGUCUGCCUCCUGGGACUCGCCACGUGGCAGGUCCUCUACCUCCGCCGGUACUUCAAGGCGAAGAAGCUUAUCGAAUAACACUUUAAAUUAUACCAGUCGCGGAUAAAGUUCCAUGCAAACUUAGGAGUUUGGUACCGAGGUUUGAGGGCUCGUAGAAUGAUCUCUAUUGUUGGUCUAUGAAUUUGUUUUUUGUACAGAUAAGGCGAAGGAGUUGUUUAUAUACAACUAUAUUUAUGUAUUAGUUUUUCUAAGGUGUGCCUGUCUUUUUCAUUAAUUUACAUUUUCAUCCCAGUUUAGUUUUUUAUCAAUGCGAGCGAGUCUCGCUUAUUGUAAUAAAUUAUAUACAUGUUGAUUAGUAUAUGAUUUACCUUUUUGUGUAAUAGGUAAUAUAUAUUGUAUUGAAAUCUUUACAAGUUUCUGUCAACAAGGAUAGUAUCUAGGAGUUCCAAGAUAGAACAAAUCACAUUCAUCACAAGCAUGCUACUCUAUCCGCGUCAAUAGAUCUUGUGUUAUAUAUUUUAAUAUAAUAAAUUUUUUCAAUACUUAAA